AUGACAGCCAUACAUCUAGAUGGUAAGGCCAAUAAGUGGUAUGACAAUUUUUGCCUCAAUAAAAUUGAUAUUCCAUGGCCAUAUUUUUGUGAUAAUGUUUGUUCCAGAUUUGAAAAUCCUGCUCAUGAUAAUAUAGUUGGCUUGUUCAAUAAAUUGGCUCGGCAGAACACUGUUGAUGUUUAUUUUGAAGAAUUUGAGUAUUACAAGGCCUUACUAUUAAGUGUUCAUAAGGAUUUCCCUGAGACAUAUUUCAUUGCUAGCUUUAUUGGUGGCUUAAAGGAGGAGCUCAGAAGCUCAGUCCUAAUGUUUGAUCCUAAAACACUACUCCAUGCUUUUUCACUUGCAAGGAUGCAAGCAAAAACUCUUAAAUCUACUUUUGUUCCAUCAACUUCAUCCACUACAAACCUUGUACCUAAACCUAUCCAAACUUUACCAAUCAAGAAACUUACUCCAGAAGAAGUACAAGCUAGGAAAGCACAUGGGUUAUGCUUCAACUGUGAUGAAGCUUACAAUAGGGGAGAUAUUUGUAAAAAGCAGUAUUUAUGUGUGCUUAUAGGGGAAGAAGCUGAGGAAAUUUAUGAGCCUGGAGGAGAGCCUGAACAUGACACUGAUGAAGAACCUCCACUUGAGAGUGAUAUGGAAAUCUCCUUACAUGCCUUGACUGGAAAUAUCUCAGGGGACACCAUAAGAAUUCCUGGUUUUGUAAAGAAAAAAGCUAUCUCCAUUUUAAUUGAUAAUGGUAGCACACACAGUUUUAUAGAUUCUGCUUUGGCUGCCAGCUUACAUUGUUCCAUUGCUCAAACUGGUAAUUUAUUGGUCACAGUAGCAAAUGGGGAUAAAACAGUGAGUUCUGGUGUUUGUUCUCAGUUGGAAUGGACGAUGCAAGGUCACAAGUUUUGUGGUGAUUUGAGACUACUUCCUCUAGGAGGGUGUGAUAUAGUUUUGGGAGCAUAUUGGUUAAGGAACUUGGGUGAUGUUCAAUUCAACUUAUCAAAACUCUGCAUUACUUUCAAACACAAUGGUAAGAAGAUCACAUUAACUGGUGUUCCGCAGAAGUCUUCACUAAGCAUGAUGAGUGGUUAUGCAGUCAAGAAACAGAAACAUACUCAUGGCAUUGUUGGCCAAUUAUUUUCCAUUACUAGCUCCCCUGUCCAACUAACCACCCUACCACCAUUUGCCAACUUACUCACUGAGUUCUCUGAUGUUUCACUGAAGAAUCUAGUCAAAGAAAUGCUCCAUUCUGGCAUCAUACAACCAAGUCACAGUCCAUUUGCUUCUCUCAUUUUACUUGUCAAGAAAAAGGACAACUAUUGGAGAUUUUGUGUGGAUUACAGGAAGCUGAAUAGCAUCACUAUUAAGGACAAAUUUCCAAUACCAGUUAUUGAUGAGUUGUUGGAUGAAUUGCAUGGCUCUAAGUUUUUUACCAAGAUUGACUUGAAGUCUGGUUACCACCAAAUCAUAGUCUCUCCUUCUGACAUCCACAAAAUAGCAUUCAGGACUCAUCAUAGGCAUUUUGAAUUCAAGGUAAUGUCAUUUGGUCUCACUAAUGCACCAACUACUUUUCAAGCUCUAAUGAGUAACAUUUUUCAAGAACAUAUUAGGAAGUUCAUUCUUGUCUUCUUUGAUGACAUUCUGGUUUAUAGUCCUACUUUAGAAGAUCACUUAUUACACUUACAAACAACAUUGGAGCUCCCCAGACUACAUCAGCUGACAACAAAUUUCUCCAAAUGCUCCUUUGGCCAGUCUAAGAUUAAAUAUUUGGGACACAUCAGUACAGGCAAUGGAGUUAUGGGUGAUCCUGAGAAGAUAUAUGCAAUGGUAGAUUGGCCCACUCAUACCAACCUAAAAGCCUUGAGAGGAUUCUUAGGCCUUACAGGGUAUUAUAGGAAAUUUGUGCAGAAUUAUGGCAUCAUUAGCAUACCACUUACCGAACUUUUGGAGAAGGAUGCUUUCAGUUGGUCUCCUGCAGCAACUACAACUUUCCUUCAGCUCAAAAACGCAAUGACAACUACUCCUGUUUUAGUUCUGCCUGAUUUUAGCAAACAGUUCAUCCUUGAAACUGAUGUUUGUGACUUAGGCAUUGGAGUUUUCCUUAUGCAAGAAGGCAGAGCUAUAUAUUUUUACAGCAAGCCCCUUGGACCCAGAGCUGCUUCCCUAUCCACUUAUGAGAAGGAGCUUUUAGCAAUUGUUCAAGCAGUCACUAAAUGGAAACAUUACUUACAAGUCAACUAUGCUGAUGAUCCUAAGGCACAACAUCUUAUUGCUCAGCUCACUAUUACUCCUCAUACAACUCCUCACUAUUCUUACAUUAAUGGAGUCUUGAGGUACAAAAACAGGCUUUAUGUUGGCAGCUCUUCUACAACAAAAUCUAAAAUUCUUAACUCUCUACAUUGUUCAGCUUUUGGAGGACAUUCUGGUAUGCAAGCUACUUACAUUAGAGCUAAAUCCUAUUUAUUUUGGCCUGCCAUGAAGAAGGAUAUCCUGUUAUAUGAUUCCACUUGUGAUGUGUGUCAAAGGAAUAAAGGGGAACACACAUUUCCAAAUGGCCUACUACAACCACUGCCCAUUCCAAAUCAUGCUUGGCAGCACAUAUCAAUGGAUUUCAUUGAGGGAUUACCAAUGAAUGAGAGAAAAUCAGUUAUCCUGGUGGUAGUUGACAGAUUAACAAAGUAUAGACACUUCAUUGGUCUACACCAUCCACGCACUGCUUCUUCUAUUGCCAGGGAAUUCAUUUCACAGGUUUUGAAGCUUGAUGGUCUUCCAUCCUCUAUUGUUUCUGGCAGAGACAAUAUCUUCACCAGCAACUUUUGGCAAGACCUUUUUAAAGCUCUUGGCACUCAGCUGCACCUCAGUACAGCUUACCAUCCACAGACUGAUGGUGAAACUGAGAGAGUAAACUCUUUCCUUGAGAUUUACUUGAGAUGUAUGUGUCACCAGCCCAAGAAAUGGAAUUUAUGGCUUCCACUUGCAGAAUGGUGGUAUAACACCAAUUACCACACCAUCUUGAAGAUGUGCCCAUUUCAAGCCUUCUAUGGCUAUCUCCUACCACACUUAGCUUUUCCAUCCACUGCCACCACCUCUAUUACUGAAGUUGAAUCUUAUUUAAAGCAAAGGGAUGUUGUGCUUUUGUUACUCAAAGAUACUCUACACAAAUCUUAA